CACGGUGCUCCUCGGUCGGCGGGAGGCGGUAGCGCCCCCACUCAGAGCCCGGUUCGCUCCCGCCCCGCUCUCCCUCGGAGUCAGUCUGUCUGUCGGGCCCGCCCUCCCUCCGCGCUCCCUCCUCCUCGUGUUUCUCCGGGGGUGCCGGGCACAGCCUCGGAUUCCACCUUCCCGGCUGCUCGAGUCAGUUUCCCUCGCCGCCGCGGCGGGCAAAGGCAGCCCGGCGCGCAGCAGCAUCUCGGUGGCCGCCGCGGCUCUCCGGUUGGAGCGGGCGCCGGGCUGAGCUGCCCCUCGUCCCUGCCCGGCCGAGUCUCUAGUCUCCGGCGCCCCUCGCCGCUCCGUCCCCGGCUGUGGUUUCUCUCCGAAGCGGGCGGGGCAGGAUCCCGCCAUCCAACAUCGGGAUCCCAGGAGCAGCGUUUCCCUUAGAGCAAGGCGCUCGGCGACUCGUGCCCCGCCACCCCUGACCGCCGGGGGGUGCCCCAGGGACGCGUCGCCACCAAGAGAAGCAGGCAGAGGGGACCAUGCGGCGGCUGACUCGCCGCUUGGCGCUGCCCAUCUUUGGGGUGCUCUGGAUCACCGUACUGCUAUUCUUCUGGGUCACCAAGAGGAAGUUGGAGGUGCCGCUGGGACCCGAAGUGCAGACCCCCAAGCCUUCUGACGCAGACUGGGAUGACCUGUGGGAGCAGUUUGAUGAGCGGCGGUAUCUGAAUGCCAAAAAGUGGCGUGUCGGUGACGAUCCCUACAAGCUGUACGCGUUCAACCAGCGGGAGAGCGAGCGGAUAUCCAGCAACCGGGCUGUCCCAGACACACGCCAUAAGAGAUGUUCACUGCUUGUGUAUUGCACGGACCUUCCUCCCACCAGCAUCAUCAUCACCUUCCACAACGAGGCACGCUCCACUCUGCUCAGAACCAUCCGCAGUGUGUUAAACCGCACCCCUAUGCAUCUGAUCCAGGAAAUCAUAUUAGUGGAUGACUUCAGCAAUGACCCUGAGGACUGCAAGCAACUCAUCAAACUGCCCAAGGUGAAGUGCUUGCGCAACAGUGAGCGUCAAGGUCUGGUCCGGUCCCGGAUGCGGGGUGCUGACAUUGCCCAAGGCACCACUCUGACCUUCCUGGACAGCCACUGUGAGGUGAACAGAGAUUGGCUGCAGCCCCUCUUACACAGGGUCAAAGAGGACUACACAAGGGUUGUGUGCCCUGUGAUUGACAUCAUUAACCUGGACACCUUCAACUAUAUUGAGUCUGCCUCAGAGCUCAGAGGGGGCUUUGACUGGAGCCUGCACUUCCAGUGGGAGCAGCUCUCCCUGGAGCAGAAAGCUUUACGCCUAGACCCUACUGAGCCCAUCCGGACUCCAAUCAUAGCCGGGGGGCUCUUCGUGAUUGACAAAGCCUGGUUCGAUUACCUGGGUAAAUAUGACGUCGACAUGGACAUCUGGGGUGGGGAAAACUUUGAAAUCUCUUUCCGAGUGUGGAUGUGCGGAGGUAGCCUGGAGAUCAUCCCCUGCAGCCGGGUGGGGCAUGUCUUCAGGAAAAAGCAUCCUUAUGUUUUCCCCGAUGGAAAUGCCAACACAUAUAUAAAGAACACCAAGAGGACAGCUGAAGUGUGGAUGGAUGAAUACAAGCAGUACUACUAUGCAGCCCGGCCUUUCGCCCUGGAGAGACCCUUUGGGAACAUUGAGAACAGGCUGAACCUGAGGAAGAAUCUGCACUGCCAGACCUUCAAGUGGUACCUGGAGAAUGUCUACCCAGAACUUAGGGUCCCCCCAGACUCCUCCAUCCAGAAGGGCAAUAUCCGGCAGCGGCAGAAGUGCCUUGAGUCUCAAAAGCAGAAAAAACAAGAGGCUCCACACCUCAGGCUAAGCCCCUGUGCCAAGGUCAAAGGAGAUGGAGCAAAGUCUCAGGUGUGGGCCUUCACAUACACCCAGCAGAUCAUCCAGGAAGAGCUGUGCCUGUCUGUGGUCACCCUGUUUCCUGGUGCCCCGGUGGUUCUUGUUCUAUGCAAGAAUGGGGAUGAAAGGCAGCAAUGGACCAAAACUGGUGCCCGCAUUGAGCACAUAGCAUCUCACCUCUGCCUGGACACAGACAUGUUCGGUGACAGCACCGAGGAUGGCAAGGAAGUCGUUGUCAACCCUUGUGAGUCAUCACUCAUGAGCCAGCACUGGGACAUUGUGAGCUCAUGAGGACCCUGGGUGCAUUCAGCUGUGGACCAGGAAUGAUGCUCCCCUGGACCAAACCAAACUGGAACUCAGGCUGUGAACAGCUCAUGACUGCACCAGAUGCCCUUGACUGGAGGUAGAGCAAAGGCCCCCAGGACAGGAGCAACUGUCUCAGGGAAGAUGAAGGAAAAGGUCACAAACCAGCAGGGCUCAGUGACACGCUCAUGUGUGCAAUACUAUGAAGGUCCAGUCCUGGCCAGGUUUUCUGAUUGGGACCUGGAGAAGGAGAUCUGAUGGGAAGUGUUUGUUGUACCCUUUCUUACAAAACAAGGCACCUUAUGGAGAAUGGAAAGAAAAGCUGUCCUUGUCACCGUGCCAGGACUACAUGGAGAGGUGCAGAAUACAGAUGGUUUUCAGAACAAAUAAAGCUUAACACUGGGAGUUGUCUUUGAUAACUCACACUGCUUCUUCAGCUAGCUCAGCCCCUAAUCCGAGCUCCCCUCUGAAUGAGGGUGGGGAACCUUGUGGUAGAAUGGAUGAAGAAGACAGGAAGAGGAAAAUCUUGUGUCCUUACCCUGGGUUACCACCUACAAGCUAUGUGAUCUUUAAAAAGAUACUCCAGGGGGCUGGCAAGAUGGCUCAGUGGGUAAAGGUGCUUGCCAUUAAGCCUGAUGACCUGAGUUUGAUCUCUCAGGUCAAUGUGGUGGAGGGAGAGUACUGACUCUUACAAAUUGUCCUAUGACCUACACACACACACACACAGGCAUGCAGGCCCACACUCACAGUACCAUACACAAAACAAGUAAAUAUAUGUCCUAAUUUUUAAGACACUUCAGAGCUGGGAAGAUGGACAUAUUUUGCAAAGUGCUUGGCUUGCAAACUUGAGUUUCAACCUCAAAAUCAAUGUUAAAAAAAAAAAAAAGAUAAGUAUGGCAAAGUCUUGUAAUCCCAGAACUAGAGAGGCAGAAUGGGGUGAAUUCCUGGGGCUUGUCAAUUAGUCAGCCAGCCUAGUCUACUUAACAAGUUCUAGGCCACCAAGAGAACCUGUCUCAAAAAAACAAAACAAAACAAAAAAAAACAAAAAACAAAGCAAAACUUGAUAGACAGUACUUGAGGGAAAACAUCCAAGAUUAGCUUUUAACCUCCAUUUGCAUGUGUACACACACACAUGCACAUGCUAUACCUACUCACACUACACUUACAACACACACACACUAUACUUACACACGCACACACUUUACACACAUACAAUACACAACACACACACAAGGCACUUCACAUUUUUGGCCCACCACUUCCUAUUAUGUUCCAUCAUGAGAACAGAUGACUGGUAGUAACUCUAGCAGGCUCUGGGUUCCUGUGGAGGUCCUGAUCCGGUAGAUCUCUCACAGAGUUCAAUCUCCUUGGCUAAUUCUGGUGUUUCUGCUUGUUUAAAAUAUUACCAUAAAGUGUCUGUCCAUAAAGAACCUUAUAACCCAUAGCCCUUAGCAUAAGAAUUUCCUACUCAAAUAAAACCCAUCACCUGGUGUCUUCUGGGA